CAGAUUUGAAUAGUGAAACUGUCAAUUCUUUCUUUUUUCUUUUCUUUUUCAGCUUUUUUGGAAGUUUGUUUUUUUUAUGGAAAAGGAUCAGCCACAGUUUAACCCAUUAGAUCAACUAGCUUAUAAUAAAAAUCGAAGAAAAUCUUCAAAACAAUCGAAUGAUAAUCCCAAUCCAGUAUUACCUUCACAAAAUAACAAUCCAACGACUAAACCUCUAUUAAGAUCGCAAAGUUCAAGGACAGGAAUGAGUUAUCCAGUUUUACCACUGCAACCUAAUACCAGAAACACUCGAAGUCCUUCAAGGAAAAGAGCCCUUGAAGGCUCUAGUCCACUAACCCCAAAUAAUCAGUCUUUAAAUUUUUUAUUAAGUUCACAUAGUCCAUCAAUUGAACAAAAUAUAAGUUAUACCCGAAAUUAUCAACAUGAACAAAUUCCCAACCCUGCAUCGUCUAAAUUCACUGCACAAUCACCACCAGCAUUAACUAGUGGAUAUAAAUACGAUAACACCUCUGAUGAUGAUGCCAGGUUUUUAAGAUUAGCAAGAGAGGCCUUAGUUGCUACUGCCAGCGGAGUUUCUAAAAAUAAAGACGAAAAUUUGGCAGGAGAAGAUUUGUUAAUUGAUCCAACCAUACAAGAUUUGUUACAAAGAUUACAAUACGCCGCGUCGCCCCAUGGGAAUCCAAUCAAGAAGAGUGACGAGAUCAAAGCCAAUUCUAAUGGGCAAUUAAUGAUUCAGAAUUUUUAUGAUCAGUUCCCCAAUUUAAGUAAUGACAUUUUCAUGAAUGAAGAGAAUAAAGUAAACCAUCCGAGUAAUCGAGAAAACACUGGUUGGAAUUUUUUGGUCGGUGAACCCCUACAGCUAAAAUCAGACGACCAAAUAGUGAAAGAAAGAGCAAGAAAGAACUCGAUCGAUAAAGAGCCUACCAAAAAGACUAAAAUCCCGGAAAAGGAAGAAAAGAAACCCUUGGAUUCUUCUCGUAAAUUUUUGUGUGAGAAAUGUUCAAUGAGUUUUAGAAGAUCAAGUGACUUGAAAAGACACGAAAAACAGCAUUUGAGCAUUCCUCCUAAUAUUUGUGAGUUAUGUGGCAAAGGUUUUGCCAGAAAAGAUGCAUUGAAAAGACAUAUGAGUACUUUAACUUGUAAAAGAAACGCUGAUCGUAAAUUAUACAUCAACAAUUUAAAUUAUUUAAAGGAGUCCAGGGAAAAUGGUUCUCAAAUCGAUCUUAAAAACGACGACGAAGAAGAUGAUGAUCUAGACGAUGACGAUGAUGACGACCCUAAUCAAUUCAGUUCAAGUAAGAACUGGCAACUCUAGGCUGGUUGCGAAAACUAUGUACAGUAAUAUAUAUUCGUUCGCAUG